AUGACCGCUCCCCCGAUUUUGCCACUGUCAGCUUCGUCUACAUUCCCAAGAACGGGCAACCAUAGCAAGAGGAUUGAGGACUUCAGACCGGGCUAUCCCAGAUUUACAUCCCUUGUCUCUUCGCACAACCCAUUUUUUCUCUUCCGCCGUUUCAGCAGGCUGCGGGCUCGUCUUCUCCUAAUAAAGCAGGACAAAAUAUCAGUUCUGGAGAAGAAGCUCGAUGAUAUUGAUGAAUCUGAAAAGGCACCUAUCUUCCUUGGAAAAUGUCGCAUGGAUAGGAAUUCGGAUAGACUAACAAUCCUAUCUGAUAUCGAAACUAGCCUUGCUGAGUUUGAUGACCUCGUAGAAAGAACAGGCCGAACUCUCAGCUUUGGUCCUGCUGAACCAAGAGACACACAAAGCUUGAGAAACUGGUUGGAUGGCAAUCGAUGUGUCGCAAGAGAUGAGACGGCCUACCUCUUAUACGAGCGCGAUCUCUUCUCGCUGUCUCCCAUUGUCGAUAAUGCCGCUACUCGGCUGGAGAACUGGAUAGAGGAUUGGCUCGCACAGCUGUCCUCCAAGUUCCAAUUUGUCAGUUAA